CCUGACUGCAAAUGUCUAUUCUCAUAUCACCAGUUCCUGAUGCAUGUGUUAUUAGAUCCCUUGAAAGUUACCUUUGUUUUAACCAUCUAAUUCGGAAGUUCCAGAAGUCAGUAUAUAAAUUCGUCAGCUGUUCGCACAGUCUUCAUUACUGUAUUCCAAAAUACUCAGAAAAUGCAAAUAUUCGUAAAGACAUUGACAGGAAAGACAAUUACGUUGGAGGUUGAGCCUAGUGAUACUAUUGAGAAUGUGAAGGCGAAGAUUCAAGACAAAGAAGGUAUUCCUCCUGACCAACAGCGUUUGAUAUUCGCUGGCAAGCAGUUGGAAGAUGGACGUACUCUGUCUGACUACAACAUCCAGAAAGAGUCGACUCUGCAUCUUGUCCUUCGUCUACGUGGUGGAAUGCAAAUCUUUGUGAAGACGUUGACUGGUAAGACGAUCACGUUGGAGGUUGAGCCUAGUGAUACUAUUGAGAAUGUGAAGGCGAAGAUUCAAGACAAAGAAGGUAUUCCUCCUGACCAACAGCGUUUGAUAUUCGCUGGCAAGCAGUUGGAAGAUGGACGUACUCUGUCUGACUACAACAUCCAGAAAGAGUCGACUCUGCAUCUUGUCCUUCGUCUACGUGGUGGAAUGCAAAUCUUUGUGAAGACGUUGACUGGUAAGACGAUCACGUUGGAGGUUGAGCCUAGUGAUACUAUUGAGAAUGUGAAGGCGAAGAUUCAAGACAAAGAAGGUAUUCCUCCUGACCAACAGCGUUUGAUAUUCGCUGGCAAGCAGUUGGAAGAUGGACGUACUCUGUCUGACUACAACAUCCAGAAAGAGUCGACUCUGCAUCUUGUCCUUCGUCUACGUGGUGGAAUGCAAAUCUUUGUGAAGACGUUGACUGGUAAGACGAUCACGUUGGAGGUUGAGCCUAGUGAUACUAUUGAGAAUGUGAAGGCGAAGAUUCAAGACAAAGAAGGUAUUCCUCCUGACCAACAGCGUUUGAUAUUCGCUGGCAAGCAGUUGGAAGAUGGACGUACUCUGUCUGACUACAACAUCCAGAAAGAGUCGACUCUGCAUCUUGUCCUUCGUCUACGUGGUGGAAUGCAAAUCUUUGUGAAGACGUUGACUGGUAAGACGAUCACGUUGGAGGUUGAGCCUAGUGAUACUAUUGAGAAUGUGAAGGCGAAGAUUCAAGACAAAGAAGGUAUUCCUCCUGACCAACAGCGUUUGAUAUUCGCUGGCAAGCAGUUGGAAGAUGGACGUACUCUGUCUGACUACAACAUCCAGAAAGAGUCGACUCUGCAUCUUGUCCUUCGUCUACGUGGUGGAAUGCAAAUCUUUGUGAAGACGUUGACUGGUAAGACGAUCACGUUGGAGGUUGAGCCUAGUGAUACUAUUGAGAAUGUGAAGGCGAAGAUUCAAGACAAAGAAGGUAUUCCUCCUGACCAACAGCGUUUGAUAUUCGCUGGCAAGCAGUUGGAAGAUGGACGUACUCUGUCUGACUACAACAUCCAGAAAGAGUCGACUCUGCAUCUUGUCCUUCGUCUACGUGGUGGAAUGCAAAUCUUUGUGAAGACGUUGACUGGUAAGACGAUCACGUUGGAGGUUGAGCCUAGUGAUACUAUUGAGAAUGUGAAGGCGAAGAUUCAAGACAAAGAAGGUAUUCCUCCUGACCAACAGCGUUUGAUAUUCGCUGGCAAGCAGUUGGAAGAUGGACGUACUCUGUCUGACUACAACAUCCAGAAAGAGUCGACUCUGCAUCUUGUCCUUCGUCUACGUGGUGGAAUGCAAAUCUUUGUGAAGACGUUGACUGGUAAGACGAUCACGUUGGAGGUUGAGCCUAGUGAUACUAUUGAGAAUGUGAAGGCGAAGAUUCAAGACAAAGAAGGUAUUCCUCCUGACCAACAGCGUUUGAUAUUCGCUGGCAAGCAGUUGGAAGAUGGACGUACUCUGUCUGACUACAACAUCCAGAAAGAGUCGACUCUGCAUCUUGUCCUUCGUCUACGUGGUGGAAUGCAAAUCUUUGUGAAGACGUUGACUGGUAAGACGAUCACGUUGGAGGUUGAGCCUAGUGAUACUAUUGAGAAUGUGAAGGCGAAGAUUCAAGACAAAGAAGGUAUUCCUCCUGACCAACAGCGUUUGAUAUUCGCUGGCAAGCAGUUGGAAGAUGGACGUACUCUGUCUGACUACAACAUCCAGAAAGAGUCGACUCUGCAUCUUGUCCUUCGUCUACGUGGUGGAAUGCAAAUCUUUGUGAAGACGUUGACUGGUAAGACGAUCACGUUGGAGGUUGAGCCUAGUGAUACUAUUGAGAAUGUGAAGGCGAAGAUUCAAGACAAAGAAGGUAUUCCUCCUGACCAACAGCGUUUGAUAUUCGCUGGCAAGCAGUUGGAAGAUGGACGUACUCUGUCUGACUACAACAUCCAGAAAGAGUCAACCUUACAUCUUGUUCUGCGCCUACGUGGAGGCAUGUGAUUUCUGUUAAAGUAAAAUUAAAAAAUAAAUUUUAGUUUGAUUUUAUUUCUAAA